CACGAAUAGAUUUUAUCUCGCUUCUCCCUUUCGAUCCCAACGUGAAUACGAAGAAUUAGUGUAGAGUUUCAAGCCGAGYGUCUUGAAAUAGAAUUUAUUCAUUGAAACAAGCAGAGUCACGCCAUAACCGUGACAAGUYCGCAAAAAGAACACAAAAGAGGUUUCCCGACCCAUCUAAUUAUUAGAAUACAAUGAAUGCGAUUCGCACUUUCGCCACGCGCUGUAUCCAUCGAGGGUCGCCCGCCGGCAUCUCUUCUGCAACUCAGUCAGGACUGUUGCAAUCAUUCACGCAACAACAGAUGAAUAGUCCAUCAAUGACGAUUUUGAACCAACAACAGCAUCGUUCAAUCUCAAAAUACAUUUCCAAAUCGGCGAGAAAACGUAUGCCAUUGACUACAAAACGAGCAGGAAAAGGAUACUACAAGGGGAAAGGCGCGACAAAAGAGGGAAGGUUGACAAGCAAGGGAAAAUUCAUACCGGACCCCAAAAAGAAGCUUGAGUUGAUUGUGCCGGAUUUGGAAGGAUUCAACGUGAGUUAGUUUUGGUGUUUUCAGGUUUCUUUGCGUCAUGUUUUUGUUAAUAUUCGGAUUUUAUAGCAAUUCCAAAAAGUUCGUGCGAUGUCACGUCAAUGACCCCCGCAUGGCAACUGAACAAUUGGAGAGUUUUGGAGAUUCCGGGUUCAUGAGAAGAAGUGACGCAUGUUCGUAUGAUCGCAUCAUGGCAAAUUACGAUUUAUCUGACACAAUUUUAUUGCUAUUUAAACUCAUUCUGUCUGCUUACUAUGCUUGCAGUUGAAACCGUACAUAGCGAGGACGGCAUCGAAGAUUGCCCCUGAAUUACGACGACGACCGGGUCAAGUCUGAGUUCACUAAAUUGUCACGAUCAUG